AUGAGUUCCUCCGUCCUACCACCACCAGUCCCUAAUCAGAAAUAUGUAACAGUCUCCCCCAUAGCAGGCGGCUUCAUAACUCUAGCCGACAAGUUCUUCGUCUCGCCUUCCGAUCCAGAUGCUAAACGUACGGUCCCGUCUCUCACCUUCCUGGUCACUCAUCCGGGAUCAGGCCUCUAUGGCGCCAAUCCUGAUCAACCGUUCCGAUUGAUGUUCGAUCUUGGUCUACGAAAGGCAAAGGAAGCCUACCCCGAAGUGCUGCAGAAGCAUAUCGAUGGCCGAGCUCCGCAUUGUCUUCCUCCUGGAGUUGCCAAACAAUUGAAAAAUGGUGGCGUAGAUCCUGCGAACGAUGUGGACCUAGUCAUGUUGAGUCAUGUUCAUUAUGAUCAUCAUGGAGAUCCAGAGGACUUCCCACGCUCGCACUUUGUGGUUGGCCAUGGUGCGUUGAAUGUGCUGGAGCAUGGGUUGGGUGGUAUUGCUUCACAUCAGCAUUUCGUGCCUGGGACAUUACCACAGGAUCGAUCGUCUGAGCUGUCAGACCCAGAGGCGAAGGAAGGAGGGGAGUGGAAGCCGAUCGGUCCGUUCCCUGCAACGUUGGAUCUCUUCCACGAUGGCUCCGUGUACGUGGUCGACACACCUGGCCACUUACCUGGACACCUGAAUCUCCUGUGCCGUACGAAGGGUGACAAGCAAGAUCGGUGGUUAAUGCUCUGCGGUGACACUUUUCAUGAUCGACGACUACUGACGGGAGAGAAAGAGAUUGGCACUUGGGAGGGGCCGAGUGGUGGAACUUUGUGCAUUCAUCUCGACAAAGAGAAAGCGGCGGAGAGUAUCAGACGUUUGCAAGAGUUUGAGAAAGUUGUUGAGAAGUCCGGAGAUGGUGUUGAACUGAUUGCGGCUCACGAGGAAAGGUGGUGGGAGUCCAAUAAGGGAAAGGCAUUUCCUGGUGUGCUGUAG